CGGUGGCUCGUGUUUCUGUAGCUGCUCGUGAUUGGCGGCCGGCGGCGGCUCUCGCUUUUCAAGUGCCCGGAGGGAGCGGGGUUGAGACAGGUGUGGCGGGGCGAGGUGGGCGCGCUGCAGCGGGGCGGGGCGGAACGCGGAAGUGCCUGCGCGCCCGGCGGCCGUUGCCUGAGGAGCAAUCGCCGCCCUUGGGCGGCCCCGCCCCCUCCCGGCUCCGGGCGGCCCAUGCGCUCCCCCCGCCCUCCCCGUUCCACAUGGCUCAGCCACCCUCCUGUCCCGGCUCCGGCUCUAGCUGCGCGGCGGGCGACAUGAGUGCCAGGAAGGUCGCGCUCAUCACGGGCAUCACGGGCCAGGAUGGUUCUUACUUGGCUGAGCUCCUGCUGGAAAAGGGCUAUGAGGUGCAUGGAAUUGUUCGCAGAUCUAGCUCUUUCAACACAGGCCGGAUUGAGCAUCUCUAUAAGAACCCACAGGCUCACAUUGAAGGAAAUAUGAAGCUGCACUAUGGGGAUCUCACUGACAGUACUUGCUUAGUGAAGAUAAUUAAUGAAGUGAAGCCUACCGAAAUUUACAACCUGGGAGCCCAGAGCCAUGUCAAAAUUUCUUUUGACCUGGCAGAAUAUACUGCUGAUGUUGAUGGAAUUGGCACUUUACGGCUUUUGGAUGCUAUUAAGACAUGUGGCCUUAUCAACUCUGUGAAGUUCUACCAAGCCUCAACCAGUGAACUUUUUGGGAAAGUGCAAGAAAUACCACAAAAGGAAACCACCCCUUUUUACCCAAGAUCACCAUAUGGAGCAGCAAAACUGUAUGCCUACUGGAUUGUGGUGAACUUCAGGGAGGCCUACAAUCUGUUUGCUGUGAAUGGCAUUCUCUUCAAUCAUGAGAGUCCCAGGAGAGGGGCUAAUUUUGUAACUCGAAAAAUUAGCCGGUCAGUAGCCAAGAUUCACCUCGGACAGCUGGAAUGUUUCAGUCUGGGCAAUCUGGAUGCUAAGAGAGACUGGGGCCAUGCCAUGGACUAUGUUGAGGCUAUGUGGCUGAUGUUGCAAACGGAUGAGCCAGAGGACUUUGUCAUAGCUACUGGGGAGGUCCAUAGUGUCCGUGAAUUUGUGGAGAAGUCAUUUAAGCACAUCGGGAAAACCAUCGUGUGGGAAGGAAAGAAUGAAAAUGAAGUGGGCCGAUGCAAGGAGACUGGCAAGAUUCAUGUGACAGUCAAUCUCAAAUACUACAGGCCGACUGAAGUGGAGUUUCUUCAAGGAGACUGUACCAAAGCCAAACAAAAACUAAACUGGACACCCAGAGUCACUUUUGAUGACCUGGUGAAGGAGAUGGUGGACGCUGAUGUGGAGUUGAUGAGGAAUAACCCUAAUGCUUAAACCUGCUCCUGCUCCACAGCACUCAUGUCAUUUGCCCUAGGAAAAAAAUAAUCACUCCGGAUGUUUGCUUGAAAGGAUACUGUCUGCCUGUCAGUGGGACGUAAUCUAUUGGAGGGGAAUCCUUGGACUGGUGCAGGAUGAUUUGGUGUUGGGGCUUUUGUGAUUUUAUUUUAUUUUCAGUCCUUUUGUAAAGGGAACGGUUUAACUUUCGGCCCUUUCGUUUUGCACAUGAGAUCUCGCAUGCCACUGCUACUCCAUUCUGCUGUCACUUUUUUUCUUGCAUUCGAGAUUUAACCCAAGAGAGCCUUUUUGCCUGAUCAUGAACCUUAAUAUACCGGCUGAGAUCUAACUGGGGGGUGGGAGGAUUCCCAUUAAUUUCCUUUUGAUAUUAAAAAUGAUCUUUCCUAUUAA